AACUCAUUUACCAUCGAUCAUAGUGUCUCAGAAACAAUGCACGCCAUUACAACGAUAUUGCUUUUAGCACUCAACACCAUCUGUAGCUCCUCGGAAGAAUUACAAUUUUUCAACUACAUCACGAUAAAAAUCUAUCGGGGCGAUGAACCAAUAACUCUCCUGCUUCAAGAAACAGUCAACACCGAACCAGAGGUCACGGAGGUCAUAAUAGAAAACGAGCCGAUAAGAGUUUUGAAAGCGGGAUCUUUCUAUAACCUAACCAAGCUGAAGUAUAUCCAUAUCCAGAGAAGCGAGUUGGAAAUACUAGAAAGCUUCUCGUUCCAGAACCUCCCCAGUCUCAGGACUAUUGAUUUGAGCUUCAAUCGGGUAAAAGAAGUGCCCGCUAACGUAUUCGCCAACUUGACUGUGACGAAAAUAACCCUCAAAGGCAACCGCAUCGAGACGUUCCAGGAUUUGGCGUUUUAUAACCUCACCUACUUACGUACACUCGAUUUGAGCUCGAACAACAUGCUAGAGAUGCCGAUGGAGAUGUUUUACCUCACGAAGAACCUGCGCUUUCUUGAUUUGAGCUACAAUCGACUGAAUCAGGUACCGAAAGUACGCGAGAGGAUGCCUUACAGUUACUUCGACGAGGCGUUCUACAAUAUCGACGAGUUUGAACCGUCCCGUAUCGAUCUGAGCUUCAACAACUUCACCUACAUCACCAUGGACAUUUUUCGGAUGCUGACCUGCUUAGGGGAGUUGAAGCUGAACUACAACAACAUCAGGAGAAUAGACGAGAGGGCUUUUGACGAUUUGCGAUGCUUGAAGAGUUUGGAUUUGGAGGGGAACGAUUUGCGGGAGAUCAGCGAUAGGUUGCUGAAGGUGUUCGCCAUGGCCGAAACGUUGAAUCUGGCCAACAACCCGUGGACAAAUAAUUUUGCGUGUAAGUACGAGAUGUGGUGCCAAACUCAUGGAAAGAUUAAUACUAUGGACGUCGAGUGUAAUUAUAGUCGCAGCGUUGUGGAUUUGGAUGCGUCAAUAAUAAAAAAUUCUACAUUUAUGGUCUGACCAGAUAAUUCAUUCUUGUCUAGUUUUAACUAUCUGAAAGGAUCGGAUGAAAUCAAUUCAUUAACUAGUUGAGGCAGGCGAAUACUAGUAAAAACACUUAUUCAAUAGUAUAAGUUUUGUGAAAAAGAAAUCAAUAAAAUGAUGAAUAUUA